AUGUGUAAACACUUCAAGAGUCUGCCCAACAUCUUGCGGCUGCUGGAGAUCAUACUGUGUACCUUAGCCUUGGUCAUCCCUAUGUUCAGGGGUAGGAUGGUGAACCCAUAUGGCAUCUACUGCGAGUUCAUCUGGGUCUUCUGUGUCAUUGUGGCUGUGGUUCUACUGGUGUCUGAGAUCAUGCUAAAACACGUCCUCCUGCCCAACUGGGACGACCUUGUUUGCGGUCUGACCAUGCUGUGCACGCUCAUGGUCGCCGCCGCCACGCUCAUUUUCGCCAUCGUCUUUGGCUGCCUGUCAUGUAUCAGCAGUGUCUUCUGCAUCAUCUUCUCAUUGGCCGCUACCGUGGUCUUCCUGGUGGACAGCGUCAAGAGAAAAAUGAAAUGUCCAAAGGGCUAUCUAUCAAACCUGAGGGGUAUUCUGAGAUUCACAGAGGCCGUCCUGGCUUGCAUCAUCCUCGCCGGCGCCACCAACUACUUCCUGGGUGUGGAAGGCGAAUUCCGCCCACCCGCCAUGUUGUGUCUACUUGAAUCCCUCUUCUCCUGUAUUGGGAUGGAACUUUUGGAGUUGGUGUUUAACAUAGUGGCUGUGGUGUUGUACCUGUCUGCCGUCAUCCUCUGGCCUAUUUUCGGUUACAAGCACUACCGUGAGUACAAUCCACCAAACUGUGACAACUGUCGCCAUGUCAACCUGGAUGUGCUUCUAGAGGUGUACCUGGGUGGCUUUGACAUCCUGGCCGUGCUUCUGUACACCUCCGCUGCGACCCUGUGGCCUGUCUUCAGCUUUCAGAAGGACUUUCAUCUGCCAUAA